AUGUUAGAGAAUCUAGAUAUUAGAUUUGGUAGGAUGGAGGACAUUGGUUUGCUUACUGUGGCCACCAUAUUAGACCCGAGAUUCAAAACAAUUCACUUAAAUAACCCUAACGUUACUGCUAGGGCUAUUAAAUUUAUAAAAAAAAAAAUUAGUGAAAUAAAAAAUAGUGAUGAUCUUAACUCCUCCUCGUGCCAAGGCUCUAGUGAUGAUGAUAGUGAUCGGCGUGAUAGUUUGUGGUCAGUUCACACUGAGCUGGUUACAAAAAAAGCUGCAUCACAAAGUUCUACCUUGUCUGAAGAGCGCAUUCCAACAGAUCUAAAACAUUAUUUAGACCAGCCCACAAUAUCUUUAACUGAUGACAUCCUCAAAUAUUGGAAACAGAAUUCUAAUAUGUAUCCUUACUUGUAUAAAAUUGUACGCCCCUAUCUGUCAGUUGUUGCAACUUCUGUCCCUUCAGAACAUUUAUUUUCAAAGGCAGGAAACAUAAUGACUGAGAAAAGAAAUCGCCUGAAGGGGGAGAAGUUGCAACAACUUUUAUUUCUGAGCUCUCUGCAUUUUGACGACUGGCAUUUAGAUUAA